GAAAUUUGUCGGGAGCCGUCGCCAUGUUUAGAAGUGUGUGCGUCCUUGAGCGAGUCGAGCGAAAAUGUUCUGUAAAAUAUUAGAUAUAGCUCAUGCACUGUACAUUACGUGAAGUACCUAAUUACAAUUUAACGCUCGUCGAUCACGGGUGUAACAAUUAUUUUCGUGGAUGGCUCACCUACGUUGCAGAAUUUUGUGAUUACAGUAUGUGUAAUGUGUAAUGAGUGAUAAGCAGACUGCACCUAUUUUACCGCCCCUUAAUGGGGGUGGAGGAAAUAAUGGAAGUAACAAUGGAGGUGCACCACAACAAACUGUUAAUUUACAACAAGUUCUUGCUACUGCUCAAGGACUUAAUGUCCUUACAACAGGUGCUGGGCAACAAUUUGUUAUUACUUCACAGGUUCCUGGUCUCACACAGGUUAUACCAAGUAGUGCAACAACAAAUGCAAAUAUUCAGCAAGUUGGUGUUACAAGAAUUGUUAAUAUUAGUAGUACACCACCACGUGCAAGUAGUAUGGGAGUUGCAGGUGCAAGUAAUUCACCUCUUACAUCUCCUACUCGGCAGGGUUCACCUAAAGUUGUUUUAGCAACAUCUCCAAAACUUGUUCGAACAUCUAUUGGAAAUAUGUUUGUUACACCAACCUCUCAAACUACUAUGCAAUCACCACCUGCAAGAAAAAAAUUGAAGUUAACAGAGUCUACUGAGAAACCUACUAUGAUUGCAGAUGAUGCAAUGGGUUAUAGAAGGAGAAUUAUGGAACAUAAAAUGAAAAGAAUGCGUGCAAUAAGAGAAAAAUAUGCUGAGAAUGCAUCAGAAUUAUUCUUUCUUCAUGCUGGAGGAAAUAUGAUGGAUUUUCAAACUUGGAGGAAGAGGCCCCCAACACCUCAAUAUUUGCAUUUUUUACGACAGCAUAGAUUAGAUCCAGAUGAUGAUGAUGAAGAUUUAACAGCUCCACUGCCAGCAAUAUCAGAAAUUCCAUUAACACCAACUGCAACAACUGUUUCUACAAUAGUUCCUGUGAAUCAGUGUACAGAAGUAAAAAUUACUGGAAUGAAUGUUGCUCCAGUUGCAGUAUCUACAACAUUGCCUGCUGCAGUAGCCCAACUUAAUCAACAAGGACAUGUACCAGGUAGGCCUCAAGGGGGCCGCCAUGGCAUGGUGUUUGCCUUCAGAGCAGCAAUUCAGUCUUCACCAGUCACCGUUCACCCUCCACCUACUUCUACUCUAGCACCCACGCUCAUUAUAGGUAAUGCACCAAUAGUUCCAGGUUCACCAAAAUCUGUAACAACAACUGUUACAAGUCCAGUAAUAGAUAAACCUACAGUAGCUACAUCUAUUACAACAACUAUUACUACCAUGACUACCCCUACUCUUACAUUUACUGCAACUACUUCCACUACUGCUACUGUUACUACUACUACAAAGACAUCUUCCGCGCCUACAACACCUACACAGCCUGUUAUUAAAUUUGUUAAGUUACCUGCUUCUAAUGCAGCUACAUCAUGUGAUAUCACAAAUAAUCAAGAGCAAAUUGUAGAAAAAGCAAAACAGGAAGCAUAUGUUAUGCAAAGGAUUGCGGAAUUACAACGUGAAGGUUUAUGGUCAGAAAGAAGAUUGCCUAAGGUACAGGAACCACCUCGUACAAAAGCUCAUUGGGACUAUUUAUUAGAAGAAAUGGUUUGGUUAGCCGCUGACUUUGCUCAAGAACGAAAGUGGAAGAAAGCUGCAGCGAAAAAAUGUGCGCGUAUGGUACAGAAAUAUUUCCAGGAGAAAGCAAUUCAAGCACAAAAGGCUGAAAAAUCGCAAGAACUUAGGUUAAAGAAAAUUGCUAGCUUUAUUGCUAAAGAAAUCAAAACUUUCUGGGCAAAUGUUGAAAAGUUGGUGGAAUAUAAGCAACAAACGAGGCUUGAAGAAAAAAGAAAGCAAGCACUAGAUCAACACUUAAACUUUAUUGUGGGGCAAACAGAAAAAUAUUCAACAUGGUUAACUGAAGGACUUAACAAAACGGAUGGUUCUCAAAGUAUACCAGCUUCUAUGAAUAGUUCACGAAUUUCUUCUCCAGUACCACCUGGCAAAUCUCAUUCUGAUGAGGAUUUUCAACCAAACCAAAGUUCAGACGAUGAUGAAGAAACUAUAGCAAAAGCCGAGGAAGAAUUAAAAUCUGUGACAAAUCAUAAAGAAGAGGUUGAAUUGUUGAAAAUGGAAUCAGAAUUACCUUUAGAAGAUCUCUUAAAAGAGCUACCACCUAAUUACUUAGAAAAUAGAAGUAAAAGUUUGUCACCUGCAUCAAAGGAAGUGGAAGAAGUGGACAAAAAGACAGAUGGUGAUAUGGAUUUUGUUGCUGCAUCGGAUGAAUCUUCAGAUGAGGAAGAAACUAUUAUGGAACAAGAAAAAUUGGAAGAAAAUGCAGAUUAUAAACAAGAAUUAGAUGAUCUUAAAGCUGAAAAUGAAAUGUCUAUUGAUGAUCUUAUGACCAAAUAUGGUAAUAUGCCAGAUAUAUCAAUGGAUGUUGAACAAGAACCUGUUCCUGAAUCAGACAAGGAAAGCACAAAAGAAGAAGGUCAAGAAAAUGAUGAGGAAUGUUCAAGUAACGAAAGUGAAAGUGAAGAAAGUGAUAAUGAAGUUAGAGAAGAGGAGUCUCAAACACAAACUGAUAAUGAAACCGAUAUUGGGCUCAAAUCUCUCUUAGAAGAUAUAUCCAUGGAAAAAUCAUCAGAUGAUAAGACUGCAGAGAUGAAUCAUUCAGAUGCUCACGAUGAAAUGGAUAACGUAGCGGCAUUAGCAGAAAGUAUUCAACCUAAAGGGAAUACUUUACUUACUACUAGUGUUGUAACAAAAAUUCCAUUUCUUUUAAAACAUCAUCUUCGAGAAUAUCAACACAUAGGAUUGGAUUGGCUUGUUACCAUGUACGACAGGAAAUUAAAUGGUAUUUUGGCAGAUGAAAUGGGUUUGGGUAAAACCAUACAAACCAUUGCCUUACUUGCACAUUUGGCAUGUGAAAAGGGUAAUUGGGGUCCGCAUCUUGUAAUAGUACCAACAUCUGUGAUGCUCAAUUGGGAAAUGGAAUGUAAAAAAUGGUGUCCAGGAUUUAAGAUUUUAACUUAUUAUGGAACACAGAAGGAAAGGAAACAAAAAAGGACAGGUUGGACUAAACCUAACGCUUUUCACAUUUGUAUAACAUCGUACAAAUUGGUUAUACAAGAUCAUCAAAGCUUUAGAAGAAAAAAAUGGAAAUAUCUUAUAUUAGAUGAAGCUCAAAAUAUAAAAAAUUUUAAAUCACAGAGAUGGCAAUUAUUACUAAAUUUUCAAACUCAACGGCGAUUAUUACUUACUGGUACACCACUCCAGAAUAACUUGAUGGAAUUAUGGUCAUUGAUGCAUUUUUUAAUGCCAAAUGUAUUUCAGUCACAUAGAGAAUUUAAGGAAUGGUUUAGUAAUCCUGUUACAGGAAUGAUAGAAGGAAAUAGCGAAUAUAAUGAAAACAUUAUCCGUCGUCUACAUAAGGUUUUACGGCCUUUUUUAUUACGAAGAUUGAAAACAGAAGUAGAAAAACAAUUACCUAAGAAAUAUGAACAUGUUGUUAUGUGCCGUUUAUCAAAACGACAGCGUUAUCUAUAUGAUGAUUUUAUGUCUAGAGCAAAGACAAAAGAGACCUUGGCCAGUGGUAAUUUGUUAAGUGUCAUUAACGUAUUAAUGCAACUACGGAAAGUAUGUAAUCACCCAAAUUUAUUUGAAGUGAGACCUACUGUAUCACCAUUUCAAAUGGAAGCUAUUGAAUAUGUUACUGCUUCUUUAAUAUGGGGUGCUCUUGAUUACGAUCCGUUUAAGCAUAUCGAUCUAUCUAGUAUUAAUCUUUUAUUAUGUGAUUUGGAGUUAACUCUUACUGCGUUUGUGGCACACAGAGACAGACGAUUGCAAACACCACGAAAGCUUAUAGAAGAAAUAGACACACAACCAGAUCCACCUCCAAGGUGUCCACCAGGAAAAAUUAAAAUUAAUGUUAGAUUAUCUAAUCAAGUUAAACCGUCAUCCGUUCAACGACAGACACAAACAAAAUUAAAGAAUUUAGCUGGAAUAUUGCCAACACCAAAGGUUGGGACAUCUCCUUUAAUAAAAACAGCAAAUAAUCAAAGCACUCCAGGUCAAGGUGUUACAUUAAAGGUAGCUGGUGGUCAACAGUUGCAAGGAUAUUCUGUACAAUUAGUUCAACGUCAGGGUAGUGUAAAAGCAAUCCCUGUUGGAACACUAGCACAUAACCCACAAAGUACAACAGUGACACCAUCUACAGCAGCAACGAAUGCACAGAGGAUUACAGUAGGGAAUGCAAAUAUUAUAGAUGGACUGCAACGACUAGCAACGCAAACAGUCGCUGUUAAACAAGGUGAUUCCGUCCAAAGAAUAGCAAUGCCUAAUCUUGCACAGGUGGUUCAAACAUCUAUUGGUAGACAUAUCAUUCUGACUUCGAAUCAACAAAACACUAACACAGUUUCAUUUCCAGUAAUGACACCGUGUGUACAACGUUUGAAAGUUUUACCGAAAUCUUUAAUGGGCCUAUCUACCUCGGCAACUACAGUAAAUAAAGUUAUUGGAGGGGUAGUGACAACUACAAGUGGAACAAGUGGAAGACCAGUAAUGAGGGUGCCACCGCUUAAUGUUACUGCUUCCCCUAAUGUUACUGCACAGUCUCCUACUGGCAAUGGACAAUCUCAACAGCAAUCGAUUCGUUGUGGUAUUGUUACUAGACACGCACAAAAAGAAUCAGAGAAGGCACAAACGAAAGAACGACCAAAAUCAGAAUUUUAUUUGCCACAAUUAGAAGAAGAACGAAAACAAAGAAGGCAAGCUAAACUUCGUCUACUUGCAAAUAUUAAUGAAAGACGGUGUGCCGCGUGCCCUCUGUACGGAGAAGAUUUGUUUAUGGCAUUAAGAAUUGGUAAACCAUCUACAGCAUGUCGAUGGCAUAAUGGUUGGAUUCACUGUGCAACUGCUAAAGACAAUGCACGUACACGAAGGCAAUUUUUUUCUCGCACAGAAGCACUUGCAGAGGCGAUCAAAAGUACAGAACAAAUUGUUGAGGAGCUUAAAGAAGUUUUUGAAAGGUUUGUUGUACACGUUCCUGCUGUAUGUGCUCCUACGCCACGUUUUCACGUUUCUCAUCCUCCUCCACAUAAGUUGUUCGGUCAACGACGUAUGCAAAUAGAAUUACAACGUCAACUGUCGCCAAAAUUGGCAUUGUUCCAUCCAGUAGCUAGUGCAAUGAUGACGCAAUUCCCGGAUCCUAGAUUGAUACAGUACGACUGUGGAAAAUUGCAAUCUUUACAUCAACUUCUUAGAAAGCUUAAAUCUGAAAACCACAGAGUCUUAAUUUUUACGCAAAUGACAAGAAUGUUGGAUGUAUUAGAAGCCUUUCUUAAUUUUCAUGGACACAUAUAUUUGCGUUUGGAUGGUACUACUAAAGUAGAUCAACGACAGGUACUGAUGGAAAGAUUUAAUGGAGAUAAACGGAUAUUUUGUUUUAUAUUGUCGACGAGAUCCGGAGGUGUAGGUGUGAAUCUUACAGGAGCAGACACUGUUAUAUUUUAUGAUAGUGAUUGGAAUCCUACAAUGGAUGCCCAAGCACAAGACAGAUGUCAUAGAAUAGGUCAAACACGCGAUGUACAUAUCUACAGGUUAGUAAGUGAAAAAACUGUAGAAGAAAAUAUUCUCAAGAAGGCCAAUCAGAAGAGACUACUUGGAGAUUUAGCUAUCGAGGGUGGUAAUUUUACAACUGCUUAUUUCAAGAGUUCCACGAUUCAAGAUCUCUUUAAUAUUGAUCAAUCGGAGAACGAUGCUACCACUCGAAUGGCUGAAGUAUUAGAACAAAAUAGGGAUCGAGAGAAAUAUUUGCAAAAAGAUAGUCAAAGUCAAACUUUGGAGGAUAAAGUAGCAAUGGGUGCGCUUGAAAGCGCUCUUGCUGCAGCUGAAGAGGAUCUUGAUGUUCAAGCUGCAAAGACUGCUAAAGCAGAAGCUGUUGCGGAUUUGGCAGAAUUUGAUGAAAAUAUACCUUUAGAUGAUGCAGAUAGGGAUGACAUGCAAGUCAGCAAAGCUGAGCUUGAAGUACAAAAUUUGGUAUCUCAGUUGACACCAAUAGAACGUUACGCAAUGAAGUUUGUCGAGGAAUCGGAAGGUGCAUUUUCUGCGGCACAACUUGCUGCAGCAGAACGUGAACUCGAAGAACAGAAGAAAGAAUGGGAGUUAGAUCGGUUGCGAGCGCUACGCGAGGAAGAAGAAAGGCGAAUGCGGUUGGCUGAUGAUGACGAGAAGCCCUUGACGUUUGGACGCGAGGAUGCGCAAAAUCAGGUUAAUAGUGCUAGUAAUUCUAAGAAAUUAGUCAAUAAGAAACUCCCACCGAAUAGGAGGAGGAAUUCGCGUAAGAAUAUUAGUAAAAGUGCUCAAGAAUCGGAAAGUGAAACCGAGACCACUACAGAAUCAGAAUCAGAGUCACAAGAAGAUGUGGUAGAAGAUAGUCUUGACGAAGAGUCGAGUCAUACGGAGAGUCAGAGUCAAGGCGAUGAAGAUGAGGAGGAGGAAACACAUGAUCAAAAUGAUUCUGAAAAAGGCGGAUAUCCAAAACGUAAAAAUCGUUCUAAUAAAUCAUUUAGUCAAAAUCAUUUCGAUCUAAACAGUCCACGAACAAGAUCUAGAGGCAACGUUAAAAUUAAUUUAUGGACAUUGGACGUAAGUCCUAUCUUGCCUGGUAUAAAACCAAAAUGUCGAGGUAGAGCUAGUAAUCUACGUAAACAACGUGAACUUGAAAUGAGAAUGAAAGCAGAAGAAAAUUUUGUUUUACCAUUGCCACCUGUUACAAGUCCCAAAAAAUUAAAUAAUACAAAUGUUUCGAAUAAACCUGACGAAGAGGAUAGAACUGCAAAUCAAAAAGAGAUGACAACACCCGAUUUAAAGCGACUCGACACUGAACGAAGUACCGUUUCGUUUGCUAAAGAAUCAUCUGAGAACAUGGAAGAUUGUAAAGUGAUUGCAAAUCAUUGUAAUGCUGCAACUUCUUCGCCAAAGCCGAAAUAUAAUAAAACUGUCACGAUACAAGAAUCUAAUUCUCAUAUGCCUUUAGAUUCAUUAGAAACAGAAAUGUCUUCUCAAUCAGGUAAUUUGUCUGGUAUGUCGGAACCGUGUAAAGAAUCAGAAGAUAGUGUAAUUGAUGAUAAAGUCUGUAGUGAUAUAACACAGGACUUAAUUCAGAACACCUCGUCUUCGGUAUAUAUUACACGAUCUAUGUACAAAUUAACAGCACAUUCUAGUAAUUCAGAAGGUGAUGCAAGUUAUAAUUAUGAUUCUGAAAAUUCUAAUGUUGAUUUUAUUUCACAGAGUAGUAAUUCUUCAUCUGCAACAGAAUCAAGUGCUGCAAAAAGAAUCUCUGAUUCAAAAUGUUUGGAAAGUUCAAUGACUUUGGAGAUAGAUGAAGAAAUCAAUGUAUCAGAAAAUUCGUUGAUUACACCUUUAAAGAAUAAGGUGAUUGUUCAAGAUGUAGAUGAAAGUAUCAUUGAUUCUACUGCAGAAAAAUUAAAUGAUUCUGUUUUUAAGAACGAUGUAACUUCGUCUAAUAUCGACGAAGCAGAUACGCCAUUAAAAGAGGAAGUAUUCAUUUCGAAGACGGAAUCGAAAUCGUUAGAUAGUAAAGAUGUAGAUGAAUUUCAAGACACAAGUGUUUCCGGUGAUGAAUGUAGUGCAAAAAACUACGCGGGAGCGCAGAGUCUCAUUGAGAUGAAAGAAAAUGUAGAUGUAGAAGAGAUUUCAACAAAUAAGGAACAAUUUGAUGAAAGUACUUCAAAUUCAGAUACAACAAAUAAGUCUGUUAAUGAUAAUGAAUCCAUUUCUGUGAUAGAAUCAAGCUCUAGUCAGGAAUCUAGUAGCAGCAAACAAGAGAACUAUACUACAUUAGAUGAAUGUAUACGCGAUGAAGAUGAUUCAAAAGUUCAAUCAACCUCGUCAGCGCAAAGUAAUGACAAUACUUUUUCCUUCGAUAUUUUAGACUCGAAUGAAUCGUGUGGAUCUGAAUCUAAUAUGGAAGACAAGGUUCAAUUUCGUAAACCGGAUACUUACGGAGUAACUACAAGAAGUGCGAAACUAAAUCUCAGCAUAGAAAAUCUUGAAAGUAAAAAUUUGGAUACACAGUCAGCUUCAAUAUUAUCCAAUGAAUCAUGUGAAUCAGAACAAACUCAAGGUAGUGAGAUUUCAAAUUUAAUUUCAAAUACUCAUCGUAAGGAACUUAAUAAGGUGACACAGGUUCGAAGACCUGACACUCCUCGUCCUAUGAUAGAACAUUCUAGAAUUACCAGAUCAACAGCGGUCCGUUCUUUGACACCUCCACCAAGCCCCAAUCCUGCAAAAUCAAUACAAAGAAGACAACCAGACACUUCACCCGAAUGCUUCAAAUCUUCUCCACGACCAGCAACGCGGUCUAUGUCAAAUAUGAAUUCUCCACUAAGAAAUGAAGAACAAAAUACGUCUUAUGAGAAACCUACGACGCGUAGCACAAGAUCUUUAGAUAAUGGUUUUUUGAAUCCAGCUUUGUUCCGAAGAAGUAGUUCAAUACCACCGAUGAAACCAAUGUCGGAAACAAGAGACUGCACUAGUUCUGUUUCAACUAGAUCCAAAAGAAACAGUGAAUCGGCCAGUGUAAAUAUAAAUACAACGAGACGACGGCCAGAUACACCUGUUCCUACUUUUGAACAAGGAUCGAGAGUUACUCGAUCUGGAUUGAAUUUCACGCUAAAUUUGGGAAAAUCGAGUCCUAAUCAUGUGUCAUGUAAAGUGAAUAAGCAAAUCCGAAAAGCAGAUUCAUCUUCUGAUUCAAAAAUACAGGAAGAAGAAUCUUCUGCUGUUUCACCAGUGUCCGGGAAGACAGAAACGUUGAACACAGAUUCAAAUGGAAACGCAGUUGUAUCAGAAAAUUUCGUUAAACGAGAUGAUUCUGCGCUACCUGCCUUUAAUGAACUUAACGAGAAACCACAAAGAACAGCUAAAGUUGUUGCUAUUCUCACUCUAGAUACAAGAAGUAAUCAUACUAGUAAAGCUUCUAGUUCUAUUCAUGCAAAAACAUCCAAUUGCAAUAGCACUGAUACGAAGAGCACUAAAAAAAACGCCGAUUCUAAUUCAAAUUCCUCGUCUGACACGACAGGAAAAAAUUGCGUUCUUAGGAUUUCAGACGUUACUUCGAAUUGUAAACUAGAUGGAUGGUGUGGUUCUGGACUGGAUACCGAAUCACGUGACCGCGUUUCUUCUAACGUAUUUUCAAAUGUAGCAAGUACUUAUACAAAUUCCAAUAAGACAGGAAAAUCAUUGACAAUGAAUAAAAAUACACCAUUGAAUUCUAAACUUAAAACAGAUAAAGUCUCGUUGCCUGUACAAUCAACGGUGAUAGCAUUGGUUGAUUUGGACAACGACCCUAAUUACGACUCAUCGGAUGGAUCAAAAAGAUUAAGAAGAAAAAUCAAACGGACUCGACUGUCGUCAUUUGCAAAGCCGUUGAUUGCCGGCAAAACUAACGAAUCGCAAAUAGUCGAUACGUUAGAUGACGAAGAGCAGAUACCGCCAUUGAAAAAGUCGAUACGUUCUCAGCUUCCUCCUCCUCCCUCUUCCCCACCUCCUCCGCAAACAACUCAACUGGAAAAGAUAAGUAGCGGUACUAUAUCUUGAGUCUCGCUAAAACUUUAUCGCUGUAAUAUUUAGCAGCGUGUUUGUAUAAAUAUUUCUCGUAACUUAGACACGCAUAAACAUUAUCUUGGACUACUACUUGGAAUGGCGUGCGCAUAAAAAAUCCAAGUUCUAAUUGUUUCUUAAUUUUCACAUGAUUCUUGUAUAUAACCACAAAAGUAAGGAUAAGUAAGAUGUUUCUUUCGUUGUACUGAGUACAUACGUGUAACAUUUUUAGCAUUGUAAAUUGUACUUUCCUGUAAAGGUUUCAAAUGUCUUUAAGUGACAUUGUAAUUUAUACUUGGUGAUAAAAAAAAAUGAUGAAAGAAGUAAGGCAUCAGACUGUAUCAUAGUAGAAUAUAUAGACGAGGAAAAAUUCAUCAUAGCUUAGUUCAUUAGUACGCUGCGAAAGUCUCGCUUUUUGCGAUGAUUUUGUAGCGAUUGGUCAUAUAAAUAAAAGAGUUAGUUGAUUCAGAGGUAAAGAACAGAAGUAAUACUGUGAAUGCGCCGUACUUUGCUCUCGUGUAAACGCCUUGUAUUACAUACCUUGCAAGGUGACGACCUGAUUACAUGCUAGACUUAAGAAGUUCUUCGUUUAAUGGUAUGCCCCACUGUAAUAUUUAAGUUGCGUGCCUGUAUUUUGUAUGAUCGAGUGAGU